AUGGUAACAAAACACCAGGAGUUUGAAGAUGGGCGGCUGGAGUUUUUCGACUGUGCAGAUUUCAACUCCCUCCUUGUGAGUGCUUUGGCAAAGAGUCGGGGUGCUGUCGGGGACGAUGCCGAUGAGGAAGUCGAGUGGAAGGCUACAAAGUCACUGCUUCGGAAGAUCGCGAAUUUGCCUGUGCGAUCUUUGGUGAAGACCCCUCGAGGGACGGGUCUGUGCUUCGAGCCCUUUGACAGCUCGCUGCCUCUCAGAGAGCUGCUGGAUCGACUCGAGAGGCAACGUCGUGUGCCGUGCUUUGCUGCCGGACAGCUUAGAGCUGUCGUGACAGCCAACGAUAUCCUGGAGCUCUGCGGGGGCUGCGUCACCAAGUCCUCCAAGGAAAUGCUGGAGAGCAUGACUUUGAGGAGUGUUCUACCCAAAGAGCUCAGCGAUUUCGAGCUCGACACGACCGAGGACACUCCGGCACUGGAAGUGAUGCAAAAGCUGCUGGACUCAUCCAGUCGAGCAGUGCCUGUUUUGGCCCAGCCAGAGGCACCCACGCCCAGCUACAGGACGUCGGGCCGAAUCCGCAUUCUGGCGCAAUUCGACCUGGCCGCGUUGUGGGCUGUUUUUGGGUACAAGGAUGAGUCCGAGCAGUGGUGGUGGGAGAGCGAGGAUGUGCCUUCGAACAUCUUUCUGCAUUCCUGCGUCGACUUCCUGGCGUUCGGCCGCAAAAAUUCCGAUGGACGAAGUCAAGCGCCCGUUGCGAAAGUCUCCCUGGACGAGAAGUUGUCCAAAGUUAUCGGACGGGCUUGCACCAGUCCGUUCCGACACGUGGUCGUCUACGAGGAGGCAAACGACCGGCAGCUUCGCAACCCAUGCUGCGAGAUCUCAUCCCACGAGUUUGUGCAGUCCCUGUGCGCCGCCGGGCUUCUGUCGCAGCUGGAGUUCAACAGCAGCAAGCCACGGCCUGAUCGCUUCCGCCGCAUGUUUUCCAGCCAUGCGGGCAUAACCUCCGAUGGAAUGUCGAAGGAAAGCUCGCUGUCUCCUGUGGCGCAGAAGGAUGCAGCCGGUACAGCGGGAAGCGUCAGCUUCAACAACAUGGUGGAAGUGGAAGCUUUGGUCGUCCCUGUCUGCCCAGUUCAUCACGGGAAGUUCAUGCAGUAUGAGGCCUUAUCUGAGCUUCUGGCCGACUUCCAUAAACUCAAGGCGAUGGCGCAGGAUCCUUCCACUUGCGUGGCUUCCUGCACGGCCUUCUGCAGGUGUUGUGCGAAGUCCUUCGGGAAAGUUCAGCGCCGCCCCCUUUCUGCAAGCCACUACAAGACCGCGAUUAAAAAGUUGCCUGGGCGCAGCUGCUUGCGGCUCUUGAGGGAUCAUGUGUCCAGCCGUGUUUCAGGCGGCCUGCGACUUCCUGGCGUCAAACCGCGGCACGUGAAGCCCUUGGAGCAAGCUUCGGGGCGAACACACUCCUCCUGGUUUUCCUUCUGUUGCAGCUGCAGUAUGGCUGAUCGGGUCGAUCGGGUCCAAGUGUCAGCAAACUGA